UGAAAGCGAUAUGUUACUCUUAUAUCCCUCUUUUUCAUGAAGAUAUAGUCCGUAGAUAUAGACUGAUCGGUUCUGUAAACCCUAUUUUUUCUCUGUUUAGACCUCGUCUUCUGCUUUGAUCCUGUUUCCAAUCCCUUAUUCAAUCCAUUAUUUAAGGUUGUCGAGAGCGAGUGAGAGUGGUGGAGUCACGCAGAGAGAGAGAGAGAGAGAGAGAGAGAAGGAGAGGGAGAGAGUAACUGAGAGUGAGAGUGGUGUGGGGGAGGGGGUGGUGGUGGUGGUGGACAGGGUAAGGUAUCCUGAGAUUUGCUGUAUGUCAGUGGAUUGCAUUGGAAGUUACUACGGCGGAUUCGGUGAGCUUGCAAACCCUCUACAAUGGCCACAACUUCGGAAAAAGCGACGUCUUGCUGUCUUAACACCAAAAAGUCUGGUCCCCUGCGACGAGAGGUACCAUCUGUUGCUGCAUCUUCUGCCGAGGUUGUUCAGGAAUGGACUGUUGCAACUGGUGAUCAGAUUGAUGAUCAGCAGAGCCAAAGAGAUUCUAUGGCGACUUUGAUUCAUCCCGUUGAUUCCAUCCCUGAAGCUUCUGCUGCAGCUUCUUCCAAAGGGGUAGUCAUGAUGAGGGCUCAAUCCAGCCAUCCUUUGGACCCUCUGUCUGCUGCUGAAAUUUCAGUGGCAGUAGCAACUGUUAGAGCUGCUGGAGCUACUCCUGAGGUUAGAGAUAGCAUGCGGUUUAUUGAAGUGGUUUUAUUGGAACCCGAUAAAAAUGUUGUUGCAUUGGCAGAUGCCUAUUUCUUUCCUCCUUUCCAGCCUUCAUUACUUCCAAAAACAAAGGGUGGACCUAUAAUUCCUAGUAAGCUUCCAACAAGGCGUGCGAGACUUGUUGUGUACAAUAAACAAUCGAAUGAGACAAGCCUCUGGGUUGUUGAGCUAACAGAAGUACAUGCAGCAACUAGGGGUGGACAUCAUAGGGGCAAAGUUGUUUCAUCCCAAGUUAUUCCAGAUGUGCAACCUCCCAUGGAUGCUGUGGAAUAUGCUGAAUGUGAAGCUGUUGUUAAAGAUUAUCCUCCAUUUCGAGAGGCCAUGAAGAAGAGGGGUAUUGAGGACAUGGAUCUUGUGAUGGUAGAUGCCUGGUGUGUUGGUUAUCAUAGUGAGGCUGAUGCUCCUAGCCGCAGGCUUGCUAAACCUCUUAUUUUCUGUAGAACUGAGAGUGACUGUCCUAUGGAAAAUGGUUAUGCUCGUCCAGUUGAAGGCAUUUAUGUUCUUGUUGAUAUGCAAAAUAUGGUAGUUGUUGAGUUUGAAGACCGUAAACUUGUGCCUUUACCUCCAGCUGACCCAUUAAGGAAUUAUACUUCUGGUGAAACACGAGGAGGUGUGGACCGUAGUGAUGUGAAACCUCUACAAAUUUUUCAGCCUGAAGGUCCAAGCUUUCGUGUAAAUGGUUACUUUGUGGAAUGGCAGAAGUGGAAUUUUCGUAUUGGCUUCACUCCAAGGGAGGGUCUGGUCAUCUAUUCUGUUUCAUAUCUUGAUGGUAGUCGGGGUCGAAGGUCUGUAGCCCACAGGUUGAGUUUUGUUGAGAUGGUGGUACCAUAUGGGGAUCCAAAUGAGCCACAUUACAGGAAGAAUGCGUUUGAUGCCGGUGAAGAUGGCCUAGGAAAAAAUGCUCAUUCUCUUAAGAAGGGAUGUGAUUGUUUAGGCUAUAUCAAAUACUUUGAUGCUCACUUUACAAACUUCACUGGAGGUGUUGAGACAACUGAAAAUUGUGUUUGUUUGCACGAAGAGGACAAUGGUAUCCUAUGGAAACAUCAAGAUUGGAGAACAGGGUUGGCAGAAGUUCGACGGUCUCGACGGUUGACCGUGUCUUUCAUAUGUACUGUUGCUAAUUAUGAGUAUGGAUUUUUCUGGCACUUCUAUCAGGAUGGGAAGAUUGAAGCUGAGGUUAAACUAACAGGUAUUCUUAGCUUGGGAGCACUGCAACCGGGGGACUCCAGAAAAUAUGGUACAACUAUUGCACCAGGACUAUAUGCACCAGUUCAUCAACACUUCUUUGUUGCUCGGAUGGACAUGGCUGUUGAUUGUAAGCCCGGUGAACCAUUCAAUCAGGUGGUUGAGCUGAAUGUUAAAGUCGAAGAACCAGGAAAAGAUAAUGUUCACAACAAUGCAUUCUAUGCUGAAGAAGAACUGCUCAGAUCUGAACUUCAAGCAAUGCGUGAUUGUGAUCCUUUGUCAGCUCGCCAUUGGAUUAUCAGGAACACAAGAACUGUAAACAGGACCGGCCAGUUAACGGGCUAUAAGCUAAUACCUGGUUCAAACUGUUUGCCAUUAGCUGGUGCCGAGGCAAAGUUUUUGAGAAGAGCUGCUUUUUUGAAGCAUAAUCUUUGGGUCACAUCUUAUGCACGUGAUGAAAUGUAUCCUGGUGGAGAGUUUCCUAAUCAAAAUCCACGUGCUGGUGAGGGAUUGGCUACAUGGGUCAAGAAAGACCGGUCUCUUGAAGAAUCAGAUAUAGUUCUCUGGUAUGUGUUUGGAAUUACGCACAUUCCUAGACUGGAAGACUGGCCAGUCAUGCCAGUGGAGCGCAUUGGCUUUACGCUUGCGCCACAUGGGUUCUUCAAUUGCUCUCCAGCAGUGGAUGUCCCACCCAGUGUAAGCGACCUGGAACUGAAGGACAAUGGAGUGGCAAAACCUCUUCAGAAUGGGCUCAUGGCAAAGCUCUGAAAUGGCUGCUAAAGACUUGUUUUGGAACUCGUUUUGUAAUGGUGAUAAAUUACAAUUGUUGGCUUUACUUCAUGCAGUGCACUACUGUUUGUAAGAAAGAGUAACUGGUUUAUCAGUUACUUGGAACUAGUUGGUUGAUGUGUUUUCAGGUUAUUCUAUUCAAAGGGUCCGUUUGACAA